CCACUGAUCUUCUUUUGGCUUGGAAUCCCAUUUGCCUGGGCCUGGUAGAGGGAGUCAUUGGUAAAGUUCAGCUUCAUACAGAUUUACCGUGGUGGCUACUUUUAAUUCGUCAGAAAGCGUUGAUGGGCAAACUUCCAGGAGACCAUGAGGUUUGCAAAAUAACAAAGAUUGCAGUGAUUCCGCUGUCUGAGACAGAACCUCAGGAUCUGGAAUUAGAGCUUUGUAAAAAGCACCACUUUGGGAUAAACAAGCCAGAGAAGAUUACACAGUCCCCAGAUGACACAAAAUUUCUGCUGAAGACUCUUACUCAAAUUAAAUCAAAUGUGUCUGCUCCAAAUAAAAAAAAGAUUAAAGAAAGCAAAGAAAAAGAGAAGCUGGAGAAGAGAUUACUGGAGGAGUUGUUCAAAAUGUUCAUGGAUUCAGACUCCUUUUACUACAGCCUGACCUAUGACCUAACAAAUUCUGUGCAGCGGCAGAGUGCGUGUGAGAAAACGAACUUACCCCUCUGGCGAAGAGUUGAUGACAGAUUCUUCUGGAACAAGCACAUGAUUGAAGAUCUCAUCAGCAUUGAUAAUGCUGAAGUGGACUUCUGGAUUAUACCCAUCAUACAAGGAUUUGUGCAAAUUGAAGAGCUUGUAGUAAACUAUAGUGAAUCUUCUGAUGAUGAUAAGAGCAGUCCUGAAACUCCUCCUCAGGAAUCAACUUGUGUAGAUGAUGUUCAUCCAACGUUUCUGGUGGCACUUAUUUCACGCCGGAGUCGGCACAGAGCUGGAAUGCGGUAUAAGCGAAGAGGUGUUGAUAAAAAUGGGAACGUGGCUAAUUAUGUUGAGACAGAGCAACUGAUUCAUGUUCAUAAUCACACCCUUUCAUUUAUACAAACAAGAGGUUCUGUGCCUGUUUUCUGGAGCCAGGUUGGAUAUAGAUAUAACCCACGGCCACGACUGGACAAGAGUGAAAAUGAAACGGUGUCCUGCUUUCGUGCGCACUUUGAAGAACAGCUGAAAAACUACAAAAAGCAG